AACGACAUGAAUGCUCGACACGUGUCAGCAAUCGCGGAGCUACGAUGGACGGUGAAACGUUUUAUCGCCGGAAAGUUCCCAUCUUCGAUUUCUCCUUACAGAUUGACAAAAUUAGAGCGAGAGAGAUUUCAAAACGAAAAUCCAGAGAAAGGGUCUUGCCAGUUUAGGGUAUCGUUGUGGGAGAGAGAGAGAUAUUUCAAAAGGUCAGUGUGUGAGUUUCGAAAUUUCGCAAUGAAUCUAAAAAGAUUAAAACUUUAAGUUUCUUUUGUUUGUAAUCGGAGAGAAUCCGUAUGCCCUUCCCCAAAAAAAAAUGAUGAUUUGGUGUUUGAUGAUAACUGUGUGUGAGAAAGAGAUGUGCUUGUGGUUUGCAGGAGGAAGAGGAAGAGACGAGUGUGAGAGAUUUAGGAGGAGAGAAGAGUGGUCUCCCAGAGUAAAGAGAGGUUUUUUUGAGUGUCUUAGGGUUUCAAUUCUUCUCCAGAUCUACAUUAGUCUCUUCUCAUGGAACGGAAGCUUGUGGUGAUUGGAUUUCUUUACUCGCAUUGAGCUCAAGUUUUGAACUUUUUGUUUACAUUUCCUUCAUCGCUUCGGUGUUUUGGGUAUCCCGUGGGAUAUUGAUUCCGAAGGGCUUAAGGAUUACAUGUCAAAAUUUGGAGACGUAGAGGAUUGUAUUGUCAUGAAGGAUCGAUCAACUGGAAGAUCUCGUGGAUUUGGAUAUGUCACUUUUGCUGCAGCUGAUGAUGCAAAGAGCGCUUUGAAAGGAGAACACUUUUUAGGGAACAGGAUCUUGGAAGUAAAAGUGGCUACACCAAAGGAAGAGAUGAGACAGCCUGCAAAAAAGGUGACAAGGAUUUUUGUUGCUCGAAUCCCUUCUUCAGUCUCUGAAUCAGAUUUCCGAAGCCAUUUUGAGAGGUAUGGGGAAAUAACAGACUUAUACAUGCCUAAGGAUCACAACUCGAAGCAACACAGAGGAAUUGGGUUUAUCACAUUCUCUAGUGCUGAUUCAGUGGAGGAUCUGAUGGAACACACUCAUGAUCUGGGAGGUACGACGGUUGCUGUUGAUCGGGCAACACCAAAAGAGGAUGAUCAUCCGCCUAGGCCACCACCAGUGGCUAGAAUGUCGCGUCCACCCGUGGCUGUUGCAGGUGGAUUCGGAGCUCCAGGUGGUUAUGGAGCUUAUGAUGCUUAUAUUUCUGCAGCUACAAGAUAUGCAGCGCUUGGUGCUCCUACUUUGUAUGAUAAUCCGGCCUCGUUCUAUGGAAGAGGCGAACCAACCACAAGGGGAAUGGGAAACAAGAUUUUUGUUGGACGGCUUCCUCAAGAAGCAUCCGUUGAUGAUUUACGUGAUUAUUUUGCGAGAUUUGGCCGUAUUCAAGAUGCUUAUAUUCCAAAGGACCCAAAGAGAAGUGGACAUAGAGGUUUCGGAUUUGUUACUUUUGCUGAAAAUGGUGUUGCAGAUCGUGUAGCCCGAAGAUCUCAUGAAAUCUGUGGACAAGAGGUAGCCAUAGAUUCAGCAACACCUCUUGAUGAAGCUGGACCUAGCGCCGGUGGAAGUUCCAUGUUAAGUUCUUCACGUCCUGAAUAUAUUGGUGGUUAUGGAGGUCCAAUGCGCACUUUUGGUCGAAUGUAUGGAGGCAUGAGUUUGGACGAUUGGGGAUAUGGAAUGCCGAAUGCACACGCACGACCAUCAAGAUCAGACUGGAGGUACCGGCCUUACUAAUGCACCAGACCAAUAUAUCUCAUUAGCUUUGGCCUUUGUCAUUUGUAUAAACUUCGCUUGUCAGAUAGACUUCAGAAUCCGCAGGAUCCAUUUAAUUGAAGCUUUUGUUUAUGUUUUACCUGGGAACCAGUGAACCUUCUU